AUGCGCCUCUCACCCUCAUUGCCUGCGCACCUCAGACGGCGGGUUAUACAUGUCACAGCAAGGCAAUACCGAACAGCUACGCCAUGGGCAUACCAAUGGCGGAACUGCGUCGUCCAGCAUGGGUCCAGACGCGGGCGAGGCAUCGCGAAGAGGCAAUUCCAUGUUGGCAAAGUGUUGAUGCCGCCCGCCAUCUUCACCGGUCUCUUCCUCGCCCUCUGGUGCUACAAGUGCAUCAUGCUCGUCUUGUUCCAGAACGCCAUCAUUUACAACCCCUUCCUCCCGCCAAAUGCUCGGAGCAUGCAGAUAUCCGAGUUUGCUCGCCAGUGUGGUGGCGUCGAAUGGCGCGAGGAGAGGAUCAAGUCCUUGGAUGGCACAGAAAUUGCGCUGUGUAUAAGUGAGAUGUCGUGUGGAAAAGAGAGUGCUGGCUCCUCAAAACCACCAAAGACGCCAGUCUACAUUUUGUACUUUCAAGGAAAUGCUUCGUCUCUUCCCCCUCGACUGCCAGACAUUUCUGGUGUCCUGCGCCAGCUCAAGGCAGCGACCGAGGGACAGGUUCACUACACCACGGUAUGUCUCAGCUACAGAGGGUAUUGGACAUCCCACGAUCGUCCUUCUGAAAAGGGCAUCGACUUGGACUCCGAGGCGGCACUUCGAUGGAUUACAAGGCUCCAUCGUGAGAGGCACAAGGAAGCGGAGGCAGCGCCUAUCACCAUUCUCUGGGGGCAGAGCAUCGGAUGUGGCUUUGCAACAAACCUAGCAGCCAAGACGCAAGAUGGCGACAAUCUACCAAUCAGUGCCUUGGUGUUGGAAACGCCGUUCACGAAUACCCGUGCAAUGCUCGAAGCACUCUAUCCGCAGAAGUGGCUGCCGUAUCGUCACCUCUGGCCGUUUCUGCGCAACCACCUUGACAGCUGGGCAAAUUUAGGCGUGAUAGCCACCAAAGCCCACAAGCCGGAGGUGUACAUAGUCGAGGCGGGCAAAGACGAGCUCGUCCCCUCUGACCACGGCCGCCUUCUCUAUCAGCGCUGCAAGGAAGUCCAGCUGUUUGCAGAGCUACACACAGUCAGCGGAGCUCUCCAUAACGAUGUGAUGGUGAGGAGACAAGGCAAACAGGCCAUUGCACAAUCUAUCGUCUCGGCUGUUUCGCGGGCGCGGGAACAGGUGCAACGCCCGUCGGGGCUGGCAAAAGGCAAAACUUGA